AUGCUAACCGCUAGGAGUUUUAAAUUGACAUAUUUCAAAAGAUCUCUCUCACAACUAAGUCACAUCAAGCCUCCCAAGCAUAUUAGAAAUGAACCUAUAAAGCCAUUUGGAAAUACUGAUUUAAAGGAUUGGGACUUGCUGAGGGCCUCUCUUAUGAAAUUCAAGAGUUCUUCUUUAGAGGUGCCACUAGUCAUCAAUGGCGAAAGAAUAUACGACAAUAAUGAAAGAGCCUUGUUCCCGCAGACUAACCCCGCGAAUCAUCAGCAGGUGUUGGCAAACGUCACUCAGGCUACUGAAAAGGACGUUAUAAAUGCUGUGAAAGCAGCCAAGGAUGCCAAAGAGGAUUGGUACAAGCUACCAUUUUACGAUAGGUCUGCCAUUUUCUUGAAAGCCGCUGACUUGAUUUCUACCAAGUAUCGUUAUGAUAUGUUAGCUGCUACUAUGCUGGGACAAGGCAAAAAUGUGUACCAAGCAGAGAUAGAUUGUAUUACCGAAUUGUCCGAUUUUUUCAGAUACUACGUCAAGUAUGCCUCAGAUCUAUAUGCUCAGCAACCCCUGGAAUCAGCAGAUGGUACCUGGAACAAAGCUGAAUAUAGGCCAUUAGAAGGGUUUGUUUAUGCAGUUUCACCAUUCAAUUUUACUGCUAUUGCAGCAAACUUAAUUGGUGCCCCCGCUCUUAUGGGUAAUACCGUUGUAUGGAAACCAUCUCAAACCGCUGCUUUGUCAAACUAUCUAUUGAUGACUGUUUUGGAGGAAGCAGGAUUGCCAAAGGGUGUUAUUAAUUUCAUCCCAGGUGAUCCUGUUCAAGUCACCAACCAGGUACUGGCUGAUAAAGACUUCGGAGCCCUACAUUUUACCGGCUCUACCAAUGUUUUCAAGAGUUUGUAUGGUAAAAUCCAAAAUGGUGUUGUCGAAGGGAAAUACAGAGAUUAUCCACGUAUUGUUGGUGAGACUGGUGGAAAAAAUUUUCAUUUAGUUCACCCAAGUGCCAACAUCUCACAUGCGGUGCUCUCAACUAUUAGAGGUACUUUUGAAUUCCAAGGUCAAAAGUGCUCUGCGACUUCCAGGUUGUAUCUACCAGAGUCAAAAAGUGAGGAAUUCUUAUCCGAUAUGUUUGGCAUCCUACAACAGCAAAACGUUGUUCCAAUGAACACCUCUGCAAGUCCAAUAUCGGGUGGAAAUUUACGUGGAUUCUUAGGUCCCGUGAUCCAUGAACAGAGUUUCGACAAAUUAGUUAAAGUAAUCGAAGAAGCAAAGAAAGACCCUGAGUUGGAAAUCCUUUACGGGGGUCAAUACGAUAAAAGUCAAGGCUGGUUUGUUGGACCCACAAUAAUCAAAGCAAAGAGACCAGACCAUCCAUACAUGUCAACCGAAUUCUUUGGUCCUAUAUUAACAGUUUAUGAGUAUCCUGAUCUAGAAUUCAACAAAAUUUGUGAUGUUCUCGAUAAAACAAGUCAGUACGCUUUAACUGGUGCGAUUUUUGCCAAAGACCGUAAAGCAAUCGAAUAUGCGGAUGAAAAACUGAAGUUUAGUGCAGGUAAUUUUUACAUCAACGACAAGUGUACUGGCGCGGUUGUGUCUCAGCAGUGGUUUGGUGGUGCAAGAAUGAGUGGUACUGACGACAAAGCCGGUGGUCCAAACAUUUUAAGUAGAUUUGUCAGUAUUAGAAACACUAAGGAGAACUUCUACGAAUUGACCGAUUUCAAAUAUCCAUCUAACUACGAGUAA